AUGAGUUCCACGACGGCGCUGCCAGAUAUCGUCGUUCCAAAAGGAUUCAGAUUGCACACGGAAAAUUCUGCACACUUGCUUCUCCCAGACUCCAAUGAUGCCUUUCUGAACCCAGUUCAAGAGUUUAAUCGAGAUCUGAGUGUCGCAUGCAUUCAGGUGUGGGGUGAACAACAGGAGGAGCAAAAGAAACAGAGGUGGCUUCGGAACCAGGAGAAACAAGCCGCAAAGGAAACACCAGAAAAGCGCAGAAAAGUAGAUGCAGCAGAAGGCGAGGCAGCCCCCAAGGAAUAUCGACCCUCUGGGAUUGUAAUCCUAGAGGCACUUUCUGCGACCGGGCUGCGUUCAAUUCGCUACGCAAAGGAGAUUCCGCAAGUAAAAUACGUCUUGGCAAACGACUUGUCGGAAGCGGCGUGCGAGGCGAUGCGUCGAAAUGUCCAAAUCAACAAUCUUGGGCCUACGGAUGGGGAUGCAUCAACGCAGUCUCCUGCAAAAGUCAGAAUCAACGAGGGGGAUGCUUGUGCCCUGAUGUAUUCGCAUCGUCAGCCAAAAUCCCGAGUGGACGUCGUUGACUUGGAUCCGUACGGCACGGCAGCGCCAUUCAUCGAUUCAGCGGUACAGUGUAUACGAGACGAUGGUCUUCUUUGUGUCACUUGCACCGACCUUGCAGUACUCGCGAGUGGUAACUUUCCAGAGAAAUGCUAUGCAAACUACGGAGGCGUUCCUGUACGGGGAGAAUAUUGCCACGAAUCUUCAUUGAGACUAGUGCUCAGUUCGAUCGCAACCGCCGCGGCCCGAUACGGACGCUUCAUCACUCCUCUUCUCUCUCUAUCGAUUGACUUCUAUGUUCGACUCUUCAUUCGGAUCAAAACCAGCCCUAUCGAGGUCAAGAGAUUGUCCAGUCAAGUAGCCACCUACUAUAUUUGCACCUCGUGCCAGGCGUAUUACGAGCAACCGCUGGGUCGUAUAGUGGAAGAACCAGGUCGAAAGGCAUCUUCUGAACUCAAUCUCUUCUACAAAACGCAUGUUGCGCCUACCGCUCCGCAACGGUGCCCCGAAUGCGAUUCUGCUCUUCAUAUGGCAGGUCCGAUGUGGAGUGCACCUAUUCACGAUGUCGACUUUGAACUCCCUGUACCUUUCUUCUUUACACCGGCUAAAAUUGCGGGCUAUUUCAGAUGCGAGGUCCCCUCGUUGGCGGAGAUUACUAUCACGAUCGCACGCACUUGGUGGUUCUUGAAGACCACCGCACCGCGCUCAUUUGUUUAUGAUGUGAUGCGCGAGUGGAUCAAGACGCACCCUGUGAAGAUGGAAAACGUUACGGAUGGCCAGAUUGCUCGUCGCCUCCUGCAAAAAGAGCAAGAGGCCAAAGUGAGCUUCGAGCCUCACCCAGGAACACUUACUCGCUCUUCUGAGGUCAAGCUUGUGCGUUAUCAGGUAAACCCAACGCCAAAUUGGGGGCCCAAGCCAAAACCAAACAAACGAAAGAGAGAUCCCGUGGAAAAUACGAACAUGGAUGAAGCGGAUUGA